UUAUGCGCACACAGCUACGUCACGUCAUAUUUCCAUAAUGGCGACGCCUAUGAUGGAACUUCCCAAGAUCUCUGUGUUUGACCCACUGAAGGGUCUCCUGCUGACCUAUUUCAUGCCAGAAUCGUGUUACGACGAGUUUUUCAUAAAUUUUUACUUUCUGGAUGUACCAUGUCUGAAGAUUGUGCUGAGCAAAGGUCUGGGCAUCGGAAUCAUCCUGGGGUCUGUGAUGGUGAAGCUGCCCCAGAUCCUGAAGCUGAUGGGGGCUAAGAGUACCGAGGGUCUGAGCUUCAACCCUGUCCUGCUAGAGCUGCUGGCUAUCACAGGAACUUUGACCUACAGCAUCGCUAACAGCUUCCCCUUCAGUGCCUGGGGUGAGGCCCUGUUCCUCAUGUUACAGACUGUAGCCAUCGGGUUCCUCAUCAUGCACUAUGGAGGCAACACAGUCAAAGGUGUCCUGUUCCUGGGGGUGUAUUUUGGCCUGGUGGCUCUGCUGCUCUCCCCCUUCACCCCAAUGUCUGUGGUCAUGGCCAUGCAGGCCUCCAACAUGCCAGCUAUCAUCAUCGGCAGGGUACGUGGAGUGUUAAUCCCUGACAGCAAAUUACCCACCCUCCAACUGACCCCCUGUGUCUGUGUGUGGUUCCAACAGCCCCGUGACUCUCUGUCCUCCAUCACACUGACAUCAUCAAGAACCCCGGCAACCAAAAAGUCCCACAAUUCUGAUCAAAUUUAAGACAACAUAGGUUUCUUAAAAACCAACACAAAACUCACUUUUUUGAGAUGGACGUUUUCCAACCGUGAAUUCAACUUGAGAGUGGUUGUUACGGAGGAUUAUCUGUGAAAUACACUAUUUCUACAGUAAGCUACUCCACACCAAAACAGUUGUGAUUACUUAUACUGAAUCUCUCAAUUCAAAGCACUUUAUUGGCAUGGGAAACAUAUGUUUACACACCCUCCCUCUCUCUCCUUAUCUCCCUCGUGCUCUCAGCAAAGUACUUCUUUCUCUCUUCAUCCCUUUUCUCAUCAGUUUCCCUCAUGCUUUGUGUAUCACUCACUUACCUGCUUUAUUCCUGUCUUUCUAUUACAGAAUGAAAGAGAGAGAGAGAGAAAGGAGGAGCCAAGCCACAUGAGGGGAAAUAGAGUAGAGAAAUGGGUGUCUUGGAAAGAGAGAGAAACGCUGGUUUUAGCAUGCCAAAGAGUAGCAGAGUAGCAGAGGGAGAUCGACAGAGGCAUUGAAGAACAAGAGUUUGGAGAAAAUUAGAAAAUAAAAGGAACUUUUCAUUGAAAGAGAGAGCCACAGCAGGCAUAUCUGAUUGUGAUUGUGCAGCUGAAUGGCGGAGAUGCCGAGCUUCAACUUCGUUAGGCCGUACCAACUGUUAGAUGGAUUCCUCUUGAGGGGUCUGACAGCUUCAGAAGAGGACAGUUUCAUUCCACUGUGCUUGACACAUGUCUAUGGUUCACAUACACACACUGUGUCAGCCUAUCUUUAUCUACCUGCUGAUCGCUAGGCCUGCAUUUCCCAUCUACCCCUAUCUGGCCAUCUGUGGAUGACACUAUCUCUGGCAGAACACACCAUUGCCCCACCUCAGUGGGGGAGUUUUGGUGAAUGCCUUAGCUAGCUGAUAAGAGUCAAGCCCAUUCAUCUCUUCCAAUGGUUUAGUCUGUUCAGUCACAGGAUUAAGAUCAAGUGUAGCAAAAUUUUCCUCUCCCUUGUUUAUCCUAUAAUCAUAAAAAUUUAGGUUUGCACCAUCCGUGUUUCAGUAUGAACACACUAAAACAAAAAAAAUUGCUUAUCUCCACGAACCAUUCCCCUCUCUCUCCCCCCACUUAAUUCAAUUAAAGGGCUUUCUUGGCAUGGGAAACAUAUAUUAAAAGUGCCAAAGCAAGUGAAGUAGAUAAACAAACGUGAAACAAAAGUUAACAGUAAACAUUACACUCACAGAAGAUCUAAAAGAACCAAAGAGAGUGACAGCUAUAGGGGAGGAAAUCAGGAAGGUGAUCAAAUCAAAAAUGUAUUUGUCACGUGCGCCGAAUACAACAGGUGUUGACCUUAAAGUGAAAUGCUUACUUACAGGCUCUAACCAAUAGUGCAAAAAAGGUAUGAGGUGAACAAUAGGUAGGUAAAAACAACAGUAAAGGUGAUGGAGUCCAGGUGAGUCUCCCGAAGCGCAGGUGCGCGUAACAAUGGUGGCCGGUAUGACGGUCGCCAGAGAGGAGUAGUGGGAGUAGACGUGACAGCUGCAGGGCGCCGACCAGACCAAUCGCUUCUGCUAAGGCGAAGGAACCUGUAGAGCCAGCUGAGCUGCGGGAACCUGUAGAAACCAGCUGAGGCGUGGGAGCUAGUCGAACCAGCUGAGGCAUGAGAGCCUGGCAAGCUGGCUGAGGUAUGGGAUCCCGACGAGCCGGCUGAGGUAUGGGAUCCCGACGAGCCGGCUGAGGUAUGGGAUCCCGACGAGCCGGCUGAGGUAUGGGAUCCCGACGAGCCGGCUUAGGUAUGGGAUCCCGACGAGCCGGCCGAGGUAUGGGAUAUCGACGAGCCAACCAAGGCUUGAGAACCUGUCAAGAACUUCUCGAGCCAUCUGAGGCAGGGGAGCCUGACGAGCUAGCUGAGGCAUCCCCGGUAGCUUCGGGAAUGAAAGCCUGACGAGCUAGCUGAGGCAUCCCCGGUAGCUUCGGGAAUGAAGGCUUGACGAGCCAACCAAGGCUUGAGAACCUGUCGAGCCAGCUGAAGCAACCUCGGGUUGGUUCGGCAGACACCCUUGGACCCGACAUCACCAGUAAUAAAGCAAUAAAAAAAUCCCUGUUGCUUCCCUAUUAUUCUGUAACAAGCACGCUAGAAGUCGGGAAGCAAGUACAGGGAGUGAAUUUAAUAAUAAAUGGAACAAAACAAGCAACACGAGUAGAGUACAGACAUAUAACACAGGAACAGAAUCAAUAACGCCUGGGGAAAGAACCCAAGGGAGUUACAGAUAUAGAGGAGGAAAUCAGGAAGGUGAUGGAGUCCAGGUGGGUCUCAUGAAGCGCAGGCGCGCGUAACAAUGGUGGCAGGUGUGUGUAAUGAUGCGUAAACUGGCCACAACGAGUGCCAGAGAGGAGCGGGAGUAGACCUGACAACACAGAAUAUAUUUUUGCAGAAUUCUGCAUGCAGAGUCAAUUUGGUGUUUGUUCCAUUUUUAACCGCACACUUGUUUGUGUACAUGGAUUAUAUAAUGUCAGAUGUUUUUCAACCGACACCACUUUAUAUAAAUUUGUAUAGCAGACCCUCAGGCCAAAUUGAGUCAAGCUUUUUUCACAUCAACAAAGCAUGAGAAGACUUUGCCUUUGUUUUGGUUUGUUUGUUUGUUUGUCAAUUAGGGUGUGCAGGGCGAAUACGUGGUAUCUCGUACGAUAAUUUGGUAAAAAGACAAUUUGACAUUUGCUCAGUACAUUGUUUUCACUGAGGAAACGUAUGAGUCUGCUAUUAAUGAUAAUGCAGAGGAUUUCCCCAAGGUUGCUGUCGACGCAUAUCCCACGGUAGUUAUUGGGGUCAAAUUCUUCCUCAGGGUCGUGGGGUGAGACAGGGAUGCAGCUUAAGCCCCACCCUCUUCAACAUAUAUAUCAACAAAUUGGCGAGGGCACUAGAACAGUCUGCAGCACCUUGUCUCACCCUACUAGAAUCUAGAGUCAAAUGUCUACUGUUUGCUGAUGAUCUGGUGCUUCUGUCCCCAACCAAGGAGGGCGUAUAGCAGCACCUAGAUCUUCUGCACAGAUUCUGUCAGACCUGGGCCUUGACAGUAAAUCUCAGUAAGACAAAAAUAAUGGUGUUCCAAAAAUGGUCCAGUUGCCAGGACCACAAAUACAAAUUCUGUCUAGACACCAUUGCCCUGGAGCACACAAACAACUAUAGAUGCCUUUGCUUAAACAUCAGCACCACAGGUAACUUCCACAAAGCUGUGAUCGAGCUGAGAGACAAGGCAUGCCAUCAAAAGGAACAUAAAAUUCGACAUACCAAUUAGGAUCUGGAAAAAAAUACAUGAAUCAGUUAUAGAACCCAUUGCUCUUUAUGGUUGUGAGGUCUAGAAUGAUGAUGUUAAAGAGUUUAAGUAUAGGCAAUUGGAAUUUGUGGUCUGUAUAUCUGAUCAUUUCAUUGAGGAUACCAUCAACACCACAGGCCUUUCUGGGUUGGAGGCUUUGUUUUUUGUCCUGUAGUUCAUUCAAUGUAAUUGGAGAAUCCAGUGGGUUCUAGUAGUCUUUAAUAGUUUAUUCUAAGGUUUGUAUUUGAUCAUGUAUAUGUUUUUGCUGUUUGUUAUUUGUUAUAGGGCCAAAAUGAUUGGAGAAGUGGUUUACCCAUACAUCUCUGUUUUGGAUAGAUAACUCUUCGUGUUGUUGUUUGUUUAGAGUUUUCCAAUUUUCCCAGAUGUGGUUAGAUUCUAUGAAUUUUUCAAUUACAUUGAUUUGACUUCUGACGUUCUGUUCCUUCUUUUUCCGUAAUGUAUUUCUGUAUUGUUUUAGUGAUUCACCAUAGUGAAGGUGUAGGCUCAGGUUUUCUGGGGCUCAAUGUUUUUGAUUAGAUAGGUUUCUCAAUUUCUUUCUUAGGUUUUUACAUUCUUCAUCAAACCUUUUGUCAUUGUUGUUCAUUUUCUUUGGUUUUCUGUUUGACAUUUUUAGAUUUGAUAGGGAAGCUGAAAGGUCAAAUAUACUGUUUAGGUUUUCUACUGCCAAGUUUACACCUUCACUAUUACAGUGGAACAUUAUGUUCAGGAAGUUGUCUUAAAAGUGAAUACAUUUGUUAAUUGUUUUUUGGUAAGUUUCAAAACUACUUUUGGUAGGUUUCUCUCUCUGACCUGUCUACCUCAGGACGUGUCUCCACUAGCUCAUCAAUGUUACCUCUCCCUCCUCUCUCUCUCUCUCACUCACUCACUCACUCACUCACUCACUCACUCACUCACUCACUCACUCACACACUCACACACUCACUCACUCACACAGACCGGUCUACCUCAGGGCAUCAAAUCAAGCUUUAUUUAUGCAGCACAUUUCAGACAUUGAAUGCAACACAGAUCUCUUUUAAAUAUGUCCACAGUUCCCCCCCACCCCCCCCUCAGAUUCUCUGGCAGGCUAUUCCAGAGGCUGGGGGCAUAAUAACUAAAGGCUGCCUCUCCAUGCCUCUUGGUCCUAGGCUUUGGGAUAGUUAAAAGGUCAGUGCCAGAGGACCUGAGGGACCUACUGGGUACAUAACUUAAAAGCAUGUCUGACAUGUCUUGGGGUGAACAAUCGUGGAUUGAUUUAAAAACCAAUAGAAUAAUCUUUAAAUUAAUUUUAAAACUCUCAGGCAGCCAGUGCAGAGACCUUAAAACCAGUGUAAUGUGUGCUCUCUGUCUGGUAUGUUAUGUUAUUCAGUUGACCAAUGGCUUUUCUGGGUAUACCAGACAGGAGAGCAUUACAUUAGUCAAGCCUGCUUGUAAUAAAAGUAUGGAUGAGUCUCUCUGUAUCAGCCUGAGAGAGAAACAGACGCACCUUGGCAAUGUUCAGGUGGUAAAAAGCUAUUUUGGUCACAUUCCUAAUGUGUGAUUGAAAAUGUAGUUCUGAAUCUAAAAUAACACCUAGGUUUUUUAAAUCUGGUGUUUAAUAUUUAUUGCCCAUGAAUUAAAAAGUGCUGCUAGAUUCUCUCUCUGUGCUUUGGCUCCAACAAAGAGUACCUCGGUCUUGUCUUGAUUUAGCUGGAGGAAUCACUAAUACUGUCUAAUAAUGUACCAGUUGAGCUAAAAUCCUCUGGUGACACAGAAAUGUAAAGUUGUGUAUCGUCUGCAUAGCAGUGAAAAUCAAUGCUGUGCUUUCUGAUAACACUGCCAACAGGUAACAUAUAUAAACUGAACAGUACCAGACCCAAAAUGUAUCCCUGUGGAACACCACAUGUGAUAUGUAUUUUCUCUGAGUUAUGCUCACCAAGAGUGACAACAAUCUCUCGACCGGUUAAAUAGGUCCUAAACCACUUUAGAACAGGACCAGCAUGUCUCUACUACCUCAUUAAGGUUAACUAUCUCUCUAUGUUUCUCCCUCUUUCUCUAGCUCUCUCUCAGACCUGUCUACCUCAGGGCUUGUCUCUAAUAUUUGGUUUGAUUUGAUUUACUAGCUCUUUAAGGUUACCUCUCUUGCAGAUCUGUCUACCUCAGGGCUUGUCUCUAAUAUUUGGUUUGAUUUGAUUUACUAGCUCUUUAAGGUUAUCUCUCUCAGAUCGGUCUACCUCAGGGCUUGUCUCUACUAGCUCUUUAAGGUUACCUGUCUCUCAGACCUGUCUACCUUAGGGCUUGUCUCUACUAGCUCUUUAAGGUUACCUGUCACUCCCUUGACAAACAUUUCCUCUAUUAGCAGCAUUAUACCCCUGUCUAAUGUGUCCCAUCUGUCAUUGUUGUGUGUGUGUGUGUGUGUGUGUGUGUGUGUGUGUGUGUGUGUGUGUGUGUGUGUGUGUGUGUGUGUGUGUGUGUGUGUGUGUGUGUGUGUGUGUGUGUGUGUGUGUGUGUGUGUGUGUGUGUGUGUGUGUGACUCAGACCUACACUACCUGGGAAACUUCAGCAAAACUUUUUUUGACCGGUCUGUCAGUGUGUACAUACCACCCAUGGUCUUAACAGAGAGUUGAAAAUAGAACACAACAUCAGGAUGUUUGCCAACUUGUGGUGUUUGGUUGGUUAUUAUAAAAUAAUAAACAACACUAGUGACGCUUGUUAAAUCACAGAUGGUAUACCAGUAGUCAAUAUAGUAUUUUAGUCAGCAAAUAUCUCAAACCACACACUCAACAAGUGAUUUUUUUCAUAGUGGUUGGCUAUUAAAUUUCAUCACAUUCAUACGAUUAUAUAUUUCGACAUAUCCAUCCAUAUAGGUCAUGAACCGUCAAUCUGAUUUCUAUGUAAAAUAGCCUUUUAAAAAUACAGGUUUUUAUUUGACUUUAUAUUUCAUUUUAAUUUUAUUUUAAUUUUUUCAAAUGUAUUAUUAUUAUUUUAUUUUAUUUUAAGCCUGUCACAUCUGUGAAUGUGGAAUGUGUUUUGUUGGUUGAUUGAAAAACAAGAAAACUUAAUAAAACUUUAAAUUGAAAAAAAAAA